AGCCAAGGCUCCUGGGUUCUAUGCCAGGCUCUGGGAGGGUGUGGGGCUAGUUUCAAAGCAAUGGUUGUUGUUUAGGUGGUUUCUUUGCUAAGACAGUGUCCAAUGAUCAUUUCCGUUCAUAGUUUGCAGCUUGUGGAUCUCAGAGAUCAGGUGGGGGUGGAGCAUGUAGAAGACACAGGGUAAAGUGGAGUGAACGCAACACUCAGGGGAGGGCUCUAGGGUGCAAGGCACAGACACACGGAUUUGCUGGCCAAACACACGCCAUCUGAGGCUCUGUCUGCACCUGGUCUGAGUUUGGGCACCAUGGACCGAGGCAACAUGACUCUCCCACCAAUCACUGUGACAAAUUCCAGCCAGACCCCAGGAGCUGUGAGCGCCUCUCACCUGGCUGCGGCCGCGUUGCUCUUCCCCACCUUCCUGGUGGGUGUGGUGGGGAACGGGCUGUACUUGUGGGUGCUGGGACUGAAGAUGAGGAGGACGGUGACCACACUCUGGUUCCUCCACCUGGUCUCCUGUUCUCUCCUCUUCACCCUGCUGAUCCCCUUCUUUGCCGUCUCCUUCCUCAUGGGUUUCCACUGGGUCUUCGGCACAGCCAUGUGCAAACUUCUCAACACCUGCAUCUCCGUGGGCAUGUUCACUUCUGUCUUCUUUCUCACUCUCAUCAGUCUGGACCGCUACACCCUCACUCACCAUCCCAUCUGGUCUCGGCAUCACCGCACUGUGCCCCGGGCUCAGAAGCUGGCUGUGGGUGUGUGGCUGACCUCCUUCGGUCUCAGUGCUCCCUACCUGGCUUUCCGGGAGACCCGUGAGGUGGAUGGGGGCAGGAUCAUCUGCAUCAACAAUUAUGCCCUCUCUACAGACUGGAAUGGAUCUGAGAUGCAGGACCUGGGCAGACGGGUCCACCUGGCCAUCUUCAUGGUCCGGUUACUGCUGGGCUUCCUGCUGCCCUUCUGCACCAUCGCAGGAUGCUAUGGCCUGGUGGGAUUGAAGAUGAAGGAGAAGAAGCUGGUGUGGACUGGGAAGCCCUUCAAAGUCAUGAUGACCGCGGUAGUUUCCUUCUUUAUCGGCUGGCUGCCCUACCAUCUCCACCAUGGCUUGAAGCUCUACGAGAAGGAGGUGCCAGAGUCAGUGACGGGUGCCCUUUUGGUCAUUUACACCUUCGCGUCCUGCUUCAAUGCCUGCUUCACCCCCAUUCUCUACCUCUUUGUGGGGGAGAAGUUCUGGCAGGUCUUCAGGACGUCUCUUCUCACUCUGGUCAAAGCGGCUUUUGUUGACGAUCUUGGCAGCAGUGCUCAUGAGUAUAGUGGAAGACAUGGGUCAGAAGUUGAGUACACAAAACAGGAGAGGGUCUGA